UCAUGCACCAGCAAACUUUCUACAUGAUCACAUUAAAAUCAGAAAAUGUAAGCUCGACAGUGAAAGCAAGAAAUAGUUUUGUUUUUGUUUUUUUUUUUAAAUGAAGGGAAAAAAAAACCAAAAAGUUUUAAAAGUGAAAUGGAGCGACAGUUGCUUGUGAAGUUUGUUCGACCGGUGAGGAGCACACAAACAGAACUUGAUUUUGUUGGCUUUGGGAUCUGGAGAAGGAAAACGCCCGUGACUGAAAGGAUGAUCACAUUGGAAAAGUUUGACGUUUGAGCCUCAAAUAGUUGUCGACAAGUGUGCGAGGGGCAGAAAAAAAAAGAAGCCCACAAAACAGGUUGACCUUUGAACUUUGUCAGAAUCGUCACUGGAGUGAGACUUUUGCAGCACAGAACAUUUCGAAAUGAAAUAACAAUAUUGAGGUUUGGAACAUUUUACAUUCCAACGAUGAGGUGUGCGGCGGCCCAGACGUGACAUGUGGGGAAAAUAAAACAAAGUUGUUGCCGCCCCUCCCCACUUACGUGUCAUUUCUGGAGCUCUGUAGAUGUGCGGUCAUCACACGUGACACAAAAUACGAACCCUUCCUCCAUUUUCCGGAAGUGCGGCGGGUCAAGGGACUCGGUUGAAGUUUGUCCCAGUAGUUCUGCCGUACUUUGACUUCCGCGUACUCGUGGCUCGCCGGACGCGCUUCACCAAAUCGAUCUUGCUGUAAGUCGCAGCACGUCCCACGUGCGCUUGAAUGGAGUUAAACGGCGUUGGUGAAACGUUUCUGUCCGGAUAAAUUUGCCCUCGGAGCUCCUCAGCUUUGUCAGUUUUGUUCGGCGUGCAGCGGGCAAGCGAGCUCGGCGCGUUUCCUGUCAAAAUGUGUGCGAAAUUUGUCAAAGAAGAGGACGAGGAGGACGUGUAUGGGGCAAAAGAGGAGAAGGAAGCACGACGUCAACUGGCGGGCGCCCCUUUCAACGACUUCCGGAGAGCAGCCGUCACUGAAGACCAGCUGGAACCGGACCCUCCUCACUGUAAGGCCGAAGACGAGCCCUCAGGGCCUCCUCGCGUUAAAGAGGAAGAGGAGGAGACGGCUGUCGCCAAGCUGCCGUUCACUUGUGUCAUCGUGAAGAUUGAAGGGGAUGAUGAUGAGGAUGAAGACCAAUGUGGACGAUCACAAGCCGACAGCCUUUUAGCUCCACUCUCGGAUAGCGACGCCAAAAUGUCAGACUCUGAUGACGAUGAUGAACAAUCCAAAGGUGACGUGGCGUGUCAAGCGGAGGACAAACCCUGGGAAUGUUCCCUGUGUGGCAAGUCUUUCUCUGCCAAAAAAAACCUGAGAAGACACCUGAUGCUCCAUACAGGCGAAAAACCUUUCAGUUGCUCGGAUUGUGGUAAAAGAUUCGCCAGUAAGGCACAUUUGCACAGACACGCAAGAACGCACACUGGAGAGAAACCUUUUUCCUGCUCAGUGUGCGGUCUUAGGGUAACUCAAAAGAUUAAUUUAAUCAAUCACAUGAAAACGCACACUGAGGAGAAACCUUUCGCCUGCCCAUUUUGCAGGAAAGGGUUUGCUCGUAAGGCACAUUUGAACAGACACACCCAAAUACACACCGGAGGCAAAGCCGUCGUCUGCUCAGUCUGCAGCUUAAAUUUCGCCGAUCGUUCCACUUUGGCAAAGCACAUGAGAGAGCACACCGGGGGGAAACCCUUUUCCUGCUCGGAUUGCGGUAAAAGUUUCUCUCAGAGACGCGCUCUGACAAGACACACAAGAAUGCACACAGGAGAGAAACCUUUCGAGUGCAGUGUGUGUGAUAAAAGAUUCCCUCAAAAGUAUCAGGUCAAGAAACACAAGUGUGUUGUUGACAAAUGCGCCAUGAAAUGAAACUUUAGCGCAAGGCUGUGGCGACCCUGAAUGCUGAACAAUUGUGUGCAGUCGGCGCCAACGAGGUCUCCCCGGCUGGCUUGAACAUUUUCACAAGCACGGACCUAAAGGACUUGAAGUUGUGAUGGAGCCAUUUAUUUCCAAAAGUCCAUUAUUUUCAUUUCGUCUUGACUGGCCAGCUUCCAGUCGUUUGGAUGCGAGCUUUUUAUUCUUUAUUCUGUUGUCCAAUCAGAUUUCAGCCGUUAUAUGUCGCCAUGGUAGUCCAAUCUGCCCACGACCUUCACAUUCAGCUUUAUGCCAGUCUUCUCAGUUUAGAUUUGUGUUUUAUUUGUCUCGUUUAGCAAAAAUCUUCAUGAGUUUUGGUGAUUUCUACUCUACUCGGCCAUCUAAUAUCAACCGGAACACACAUGUUUGCACCACGGUAUGCCCUAUAUUUGAUUUUCAAUACAUGUCUCGUAUAAAUGAAUGGGACGUUCUUACCUAGCAUAACAUUGCUACAUGUGAACGAUUGACACACUUAUUCUUUGUUGAGCGAUAUUUAGCGAUGAUCGGACUGCACAAACGUGUCGCUUUCUUGCCGGCUCGCGGCCAGAAGCUUAACCAGACUGUGUUUGCACGAAGAUAUGCCCUAAAUUUGAUUUUUAAUACACGUCUCGUAUAAAUGAAUGAGACGUUCUCCGCUAGCAUAACAUUGCCCCGUGUGAAUGGUUGAAUGAAAUCAGAAGCAUGGCGUCUCUCUCAGUUCAGAAUGUAUUGUAUUGUAUUUGCCAUUUUUACGAAUUGUUUGUCUUACGUCAGUGCACGUGGCCUGACGUCACUUCAGGAGGCGUGGUUAAGUGCCCUGUACGGAGGGGUCGAUUAAAAAUCAAAU